CCGACUCUUAUGCCUCUUAUGCCAACACCAUCCUCGACGCCCACGAAAGCUCAGUCGCGACUGGGGGCAGCUACACCCGUCAGAAUCAGAAAAAAAUCAUCCAAUGCACGACCCCCUCCACAAAAACCAGUCACAAAAGAUGAAAAACCACUUCCCGCAGCUACACCUGUACUAAGCAUACGAGAGGCAAUUGCCCUAAAGCGCAAAGAAGCGCAGGCGGUGCGGACCAAAUCCGGUGGAAGUGCAUUAGGAGAGCUCUCUGGCCUUGAAGACGCGCUUCCUGAUGCCCAGCCGAACGUUCAAGUGGAAGAAGACGAGUUUGGUCGGUGGUCAAUAAGGGAAGUUAUCGAGCGUGGACGAAGUUCAGGUACUGUUAACUUGUCCUCUCGCUACCUACCGUGUUUGCCGUCCGCUCUCUUUGAGACACACCUCCGUAUAACUCCGGAUCUACUGAAAUCAGUCCCGAAUGAACCGCCGUUGCCACCAUCUGAGUCUAGCAUGAAAACCGGGCGAAGUUCGAAAUACGAUAAUGGUCCCGGCUGGUUAGAUGGCCAGGAUUUGCAAACGCUGAAGGCAUGGAAUAACGAUAUUAUGGAGAUACAACACGAAUUGUCCCUAUUCGGUUCUUUGAAAGUCAUCGACCUGCAUAAAAACAAGCUGACCUCGCUCCCGGAAUCAUUCGGGGAUCUCACUGCGCUUACAACCUUAGACCUAUCCCAUAAUAACCUUUCUUCACUACCGACCAAUUUAUUCUCACUUCCGGAGCUAGUGACACUCAACAUUUCUCACAAUCAACUUAGCGAUUUGCCGUUUAAUGCCCCAUUCGCAUCGGGUCGAAAGCCAGAAACCACCGGUGGUGGCUUCUUUACGCCUGUCAUUCUUCGUGCAACUACACCGUUGCCACGCUUGGUGACAUUGAAUGCAUCACAUAACCGCCUACUGUCAAAAAACAUUGAUCUCACAAUUCCUGUGGCCAUUCAGAAAAUUGACUUAUCGUCUAACCCCCUGGGUAUAGAAACGUCAGCCAUGCUAAUCGCGAGGCUCGGUGCUUUGUCCAACCUUAAGGAGUUGCGACUAGAGCACGCUGACAUCGGUGAUGAUGCUUUCCAACCGGGUCUGGCACCUGCAUCAUCGUUCUCUCGCUUGGUAUUACUUGACCUGGGAGAGACAAAAGUCACGGAACAAGCCGUACAACGCGCCUUUUCUGUUUUGAAGAGGGAGAUGAGUUUCGAUUUAACGACCGAACACCCUCCGGAAGGCGUGGUACGCGCUGUUAUUGGGAAGAAAUCCAUACGCGAGGCAUGGGAAUUGGAAAUGGAACGUAAGGCGAAAAUUAGAGGCGGUAGGACAUUGAACCCAGCUUCGUCUUCUUCACGAGGAUCUCAGGUUACACGAGCGCCCAGAGUGAUCGAGAAAGAGCCUUGGGAAAUUGAAGCUGAGCAAGGCCUAUUAACGGAAGGGACAAAACGGGGUGCAAGAGCGCAGGCAGCAGCAAGCCCUUCGAGUCCAUCACUUAAACCCCCAUCGUCCGCCAAGGAUUUACAAGAGGAGGUUUCGAAGGAGGUAUGGGAAAUCGAAGCGGAGCAGGGCCUAUUGACCGAAGGUGGGAGGAGGAGAGCUCGUGCGGCUGCCGCCGCGUCUGCCGGUACACAAUCAAAGCAACCAGUUACCUCAGCAUCGAGCCACGGUGCCACCUCCUGGAAUAUCUCUUUAGCUCAAUACUUCGCAGACUCGACACAGACUCUCACUUUACCGGCAUCUGCACCUCCAACAAAAUCUGCAGGCCACGUGCGAGCAUUCUCGAUGGGUGUUUCGUCGACCUCCUUGCUGUCUAGGUCGUCCUCUAGCGAUCUAACCGUUCCAACAGCGAGCGUUCCGAUUUUUGAGAUUUCAUCUCAGUCGUUUGCUCACUCACUUCGUGUACUCGAUCUAGCCAACAGGAGAAUGGAUAAAUGUUUCACUAUCCCCAUUUCUGCGUCAAGGGUUCCAGCCCUCUUACCGAAUCUCGAGGAGUUGGUUUUGGAGAAUUGUGGAUUCUCCGAUUCUGUCUCCGUUUCUAUAUUCAACCCCGAUGCCGAAAACCCCCCUUCAACGCCACGAAAAACUAUCGAACCUAUCAUGCCUUUCCUCACGGCUUUGUUCCCGCGCCUUCAGACUUUGAAUCUAUCAUACAAUACAAUCAGUAGUGCGUCUUUAACAACGGAGGCGUUGAAGAAUUUAAUCGUGGAGGCACCUCACCGGAAGGGAUUGAGACAUCUCCGUUUGAGGGGAAACAUAAUCAAUGAUUUAGAUGGUUUUCAGGGCGUAGCUGAAUUAUUCCGAGGCAAUAGGGAUGUAAUUGGAUGGAAACUGGAAGAGUUGGACCUACGGGAUAACAAUAUCGGAAAGCUUCCUUCCGAAAUGGGGCUCUUGCCAUUGGACGUCUUUCUGGUUGAUGGAAAUACCUUCCGAGUGCCGCCAAGGCGAAUCUGGGAAAGGGAAGGCACGAGAGGACUGUUGAGUUGGUUGAGGGGGAGGCUCGAGUGAUUUUUUGUGUGCUUAACCUGGUCUUUUACACACGAUGUGUUCGUUGGCAACUCGUGACAGAGAAUUCAACCAUAAUACUUAUAUAGUGAUCGUUUCAUCGGCUACGGGAAGCUGACAUUGAGAGGACGCAAAGAUUGUAUAUAUUAU